AUGGCGGCUCUGGGCUUCAAGAGCAGGUGUUCUAGUGAACAAGAGAGAAGCUCCAAAGCUGACUACGAUAUAAUCUCGGAAGUCACAAAGCAUCACUUCCAUUCUGUGCGCUCGGUGGUCCCUGCAGAUCUGUCUCUUGCUUCAACAGUGUUUGGAUUGAACAGACACAGGGACGCCCCUUGCUCCAGCUUCCGACCACCCUCCAACAUUUUUUCCAGUCGCAAUCUUCAGAAUCAGCCACUCAAGCUAUCCUUGGCCCCUGGGACCAGCCAACACCAUUUUUUGAGCUUAACUCCUUAUUACCGAUCAACCAUGAGCUCCCAGAUUUGUCAGAGUUAUUCCAUCGAGAUGGAAGCCGCUGUCAACCGCCUGGUCAACCUGCAUCUGCGGGCCUCCUACACCUACCUCUCUCUGGGCUUCUAUUUCGACCGCGAUGAGGUGUCUCUGGAGGGCAUAGGCCACUUUUUCCGCGAAUUGGCCAAGGAGAAGUGCGAGGGCGCACAGUGUGUCUUGAAAAUGCAGAACCAGUGCGGCUGCCUCGCCCUCUUCCAGGACGUGCAGAAGCCAUCUCGAGAUGAGUGGGGUAAAACCCAGGAUGCUAUGGAAGCCACCAUUCUCAUGGAGAACCCAAGCCAGGCCCUUUUGGAUCUACAUGCCCUGGGUCCCACCCGCGCAGAUCUCCACCUCUGUGACUUCCUGGAGAGCCACUUCCUAGAUGAACAGGUGAAACUCAUCAAGAAGGUGGGCGACCACCUGACUAACCUCCACAGGCUGGCUGGUCCCCAGGCUGCACUAAGCCAGUAUCUCUUCCAAAGGCUCAGCCUCAAGCACCACUAG